AUGGCCUUCGCGGGUGUAUCCGUCAUCGCCAACGGCAAGCUCCUGGCGGGUACAACAACCCCGCCGGCUGUCAACGCCGCCGCCGCCGCCGCCAGCGGGUACCACUUGCUUGUCGUAGAAGGCUACUCGCGGACCUACUCGCGAGUGGGGGAAUCCAUCACCUCUCGCUCUUUCACCAUCGGAGGCCAUCGCUGGUGCAUCUACUACUACCCCGAAGGCUGCUACGAGGAUGACGCUGGCUUCGUCUCACUUCUCCUUUCUAAACAAGGCGUGGCGAAGGUGCAGUUCCAGUUCAGUUUCAUCGACGAGACCGAGAAGCAGGACCCGGCACGUAUCCGCGCCAGCAGAAUUUUUCAUCGCGGAUAUGUCGAGAUAUCCAAAAGGUUCAUGAAAAGGGAUGACCUGCAGAAGUCCAAGCAUUUCAAGGACGACGGCUUCACCAUCCGUUGCGACGUCGUGGUCGCCGACGAGUACGUGACUCCUCCGUUGAUCGACGUGCCGCCGUCGGCCAUGAAGCAAAACUUCACCGACCUUCUGAUGGCCGGGGAGGGCACGGACGUGGUGUUCCAGGUCGGCGGCGAGACGAUCUCCGCCCACCGCUGUGUACUUGCGGCCCGCUCCGCCGUCUUCAAGGCGUUGCUCUUCGGUCCCAUGAAGGAAGGCACAUCAACGGCCGCUGUGGUGCAGAUAGAAAACAUGGAUGCGACUGUGUUCAAGGCGUUGCUUGGGUUCAUCUACGGCGACUCGCUGGCAACUCCGGCGGAGGCAAAGGGGGAGGAGGUGGUCAGCGACGACCAGAGCGUUCUCCUGCUGCAGCAUCUCCUUGUCGCGGCGGACAGGUAUGAUAUCCGAAGGCUGAGGGUGAUGUGCGAGAAGAGGCUGUCCGAGCACAUCUCCGUGAGCACGUCGACGACCAUCUUGGCGCUCGCCGAGCAGCACCAGUGUCACGGGCUGAAGGAGGCGUGCUACAAGUUCCUCCGCUGUCCGGCGAACCUGAAGGCAGUGGUGGCCACAGAAGGGUUUGAUCAUCUCUGCAAGAGCUGCACUCCUGUUAUGAAGGAUUUGGUAUUUGCCAUGCUCCAGGCGCCUAAGUAG